GUUUGCUCUCUCGCGUGGCUUUAAAGACUUCUUCUAGCGUUUUAAAUCCCCCAUUAAAAUACCCAUCACCACCCCCAAAUACCCAAAAAACCAACACCCACCAAACCAAACCCUACAAAAAACAUCUCCUCUCCUUCUCCUUCUUCUUCUUCACCUAUUUCGACUUCUAGAAGAACCCCACAAACCCUAAUGAUGGGACCUAUACUACUUUAAAAAGGAAAGGAAGAACAAAUUAAAAGAGUUCCAAAUCAUGAGUGCAAACCCUAGCAGCAGCGGUGGUAGUGUAGGGAGUGGUGCUGGCAGUUGCAGUAGUGCUGGUGGUGGACCUUGUGGCGCGUGCAAGUUUUUGAGAAGGAAAUGUGUGCCUGGUUGUAUCUUUGCCCCUUAUUUUGACUCGGAGCAAGGUGCAGCCCAUUUUGCAGCUGUUCAUAAGGUUUUUGGGGCGAGCAAUGUGUCGAAGCUGCUUCUUCAUAUCCCUGUUCACAAACGGCUUGAUGCGGUGGUUACCAUAUGUUACGAGGCUCAGGCUCGGCUUAGAGAUCCUGUUUAUGGCUGUGUUGCUCACAUCUUUGCUCUUCAACAACAGGUGGUGAAUUUGCAAGCAGAGCUAUCGUACUUACAAGCCCACUUAGCUACGCUAGAGCUUCCAUCACCGCCGCCGCCUCCUCCGCCUUCAACAACGCUGAUGGCACCACCUCCUCUCUCCAUAUCGGACCUCCCAUCAGUCUCGACCGUGCCUGCCACGUACGACUUAUCGUCACUUUUUGAUCCCGUGGUGCAACAUUCAUGGGGCAUGCAGCAGAGGCAAAUCGAUCCACGCCAAUUUGGAGGGAGCGGCUCAUCAUCAUUAACCGGUAGCGGCGAUCUUCAUGCGUUGGCUCGUGAACUCCUCCACAGACAAGGGUCUCCUCAACAUGGUUGUUUGCCAUGCACCGAUGCUUCACCAUCACAAUCUCUCUCAAAGUGAAGACUGACCCUUUCCCCUAGUGUCUACUUGCCUUGAAAAAUCUCUCUUGACCCAAACUAGCUAGCAAGGGAGCUUUCAUUUUCCUGUUAUAUUUCACUGGGCAAGUAACCUUAAUAACUAAUCUGGCCAUAUUUUUUUUCCCUCCUCCUUUUCUCCCUUUUUUGAGAUAUCAGUGAAAUUCAAAUUUUAGUCUUA